AUGGAAGAACUUGGCACUCAUCUUGCAAGUCGUAUGCUUGCUGCAGGUUUUACAUAUAUCAUUAAUGAAGGUAUCGCUCGUUGCAGUGACUGUGGUCUAGAAGUUUCUCAUUGGAAAGAGGAUAUGGAUCCAUUUGCUGUUCAUUCAGAACGAAAUCCUGAUUGUCCAUUCAUUCGUUCUAUGAAUUUUUCUUCAUCAAGAACUGUUCGUCGACGAUCGACAUUAUCAAAUGAACAAGAAAAUUUUUCUAAGCGUCAAAAAAUUGAUUUAGAAUCUCUGUCAAAUAUUGCAUUUGAAACUAAUUUAGUUCAACAAGUGCGAAGACGUACCUUUUCUCAUUGGCCACAUUCUACUAUUCCAUCAAGUGUACAAAUGAUUGAAGCUGGAUUUUUUCACUGUAAUAUUAACGAUCGAGUAAUAUGCAUUUAUUGUAAUCUUAUUUGUGAACAAUGGAUACCACACACAGAUGAUCCAUAUGAAAUACAUAAAGCACUUUCACCUGCUUGUAUGUAUGUCAAAUCUAAAUUGAUACGCCCUGUAGAUUCAUCUAUUAUUAUUGUCAAUAAAAGUUUAACGGGAACUACAUCAGGCAAUCAUUCACCAACAUCAAUUAAUUAUAGUCUAUUACGAUCUAAUGAUAUUAUGUUUACAGCUUCAUGUAAUCCUGCUUAUUCAGAAAUACCAAAACGCCAUGCAUCAUUCGUCACAUGGCCAAAUGAAAAUUUACCAUUAGUCGAUGAUUUAGUUCGAGCAGGAUUUUUUUAUACAGGUACAAAUAACAUUGUUACUUGCUUUUAUUGUAACGGAUCAUUACAAAACUGGAGUUCAAAUGAUAAUCCAAUGAUUGAACAUGCUCGUUGGUUUCCACAUUGUUCAUAUGCUAAACAAAUAUGUGGUAGUGAUUUAUAUUGUAAAAUUCAAGAAUCUAAACUAGUAAAACAAGAACAUGCCGGAAUCAAUGAACUACAAGAAAACACAGAUUCUCCUAACUUGUCAAAUACUAAUGUAACUUCAUAUAGCCAACAAUUAUUGAUACCCAAUGAAAGUAUAUUAUCCAGGUUUGUUACUGCUCGAUUAGAUUUACCCAUGUCACAGGAUUUGUUGAAUCAAAAUUUCAAAAUAUUUAUUAUUAAACAAUGUUGGGAAGAUCAAUUAAGAAUAAAACACGAGGAUUUUGUAUCUAAGUAUGAUUUGUUUAUUGCUUGUGUAAUUCUUCAAAAACAAAUUGAACAUAUUAAUGGUGGAAAAGAGAAUAUCGUCAUACCGAGCAUAAAAAUGCAACAAAUCAAAACACAAACAGAAAAAACCGUUGAUGUGGUCGAUUUUACAGAAGAUAUUGAAAAAACAAUUGAACGUGAGCAAUCAUUCAAUCGUUGGCCUCAUUCGUCACCAUCUCGACUCAACAUGAUGGCUGCUGGUUGGCGUUUGGAUAGAACAAAAGCGAGAGAUUACACUAAUUGUUUAUACUGUGGCGUAGAACAUAAUAAUUGGAACUAUGAUGAUAAUCCUAGGAAUAUUCAUCAGCAAUUAUCGCAAAAUUGUUCUUUUCUUUGUUCAUCACAUCCAAUGCAAUUAAGUUCGGUCUCCAUCAAACCUUUACAUGAAGUAUUUACAAGAGAAAAAAUAGCUAAUGACAUAGUUCAACCAACUUCAUCGUUUAUAUUGCAUUCUAAAUCACCUUAUAGUCGUCCACCAGAUCGAGAAGCAUCAUUUAUUAAUUUUCCUAGUGGAUGCCCAACAAAUAUUGAAGCAUUAGUGAAAUCUGGUUUUUAUUAUUUGCAAACAAGUACUUGGCUUCGAUGCUAUCAUUGCCGAGGUCUAGUUAAUGAUUUUCAUCAGUAUUCAUCGAAUGAGAUUAAUAUUAAACAUCGCCAUCGAUUUCCUAAUUGUCGUUUUGCUCAAUUGCUAUCUGAAGAAAAUGAAACAAGAUCUGCAACUAAUGGUGAAGAAACAUAUUUAUUCAAAUGUGAUGAAUAUUUAUCAUUAAUAAGUUUACGUAAAGAAGAUGUUCAAAGACCAAGUUUUAGUUAUGUUCAAGAUUUUAAUGAUGAAUAG